ACUCAUAACAUCUGAAGACCUAAAAUUCAAACAGUACGAUUUCAUCUUUCUCGAGCUCUAGAUCAAUCGUCAUUCUGCUUUCUUCUAGAUCGGUCCUGAUUGUUUCCCAUUGAUCUUUGAUCCGGAAGCUGUGUAAAAUGGCGUACGUCGACCAUGCGUUCUCGAUAACGGACGAGGACAUUAUGAUUGAGACUUCAUACACCGUCAAUAACCGACCGCCGGUGAAGGAGAUCGCACUCGCGGUGGCUUUACUCGUGUUCGGAACCCUAGGAAUUGUCUCCGGUUUCUUCAUGGCUUAUAAUCGAGUUGGCGGUGAUCGAGGCCACGGGAUUUUCUUCAUCGUCCUCGGGUGUCUUCUGUUCAUUCCCGGGUUUUACUAUACACGGAUUGCGUAUUAUGCUUACAAAGGAUACAAAGGUUUCUCCUUCUCAAACAUACCGCCCGUUUAGGUGUCCCCUUUUGAAUCUCUCCUACUCAAAAUGUAUAGAGAUGUUUUAUUACUCUAUAGCAAUGAUUGACUUGUUUUCUCUUUUGUGUAGUUUUAUAGAAUUUGAGUCCAGUCCUUUCUUACUUUCUCCUUCUUCUUGUCAAAUAAAUUCGAGUCUGUGACAGUUUAGUCAGAUUUAUACUUACAUAUCUAUAAAUA